AUGACCGACGGGCACAGUGCCCCUCCCGCCGACGCUCCGGCUCCCCCUGCAGCAGCUGAUACUGCUGCCGCACCCGUUCCCGCCGACGUCCGCUCGCAACCUGCUCAUCAUGCUUCAGCCCCGACCUAUCACAAGGAGCAGGACUCCUCUGUAGGCCGUAUCACUCCGCGACCGACUUUUUUGGAGCAUUUGGCUACCUCGCGAGACUCGCAAUUCCAUCUUGAUCGAAGGGAUUCGAGUGAAUUAGAUCGAUACUUUCAUGGCCCCCGUAAUAUGGAAAAACACUCAAAAUGGCCCAUCAUGAUGCGGAUGCACGGUAGUGUCAUGCCAAAGAUGAUCUUGCCGAUUAUCACUGUGGCUGCUUGGUCGACUGCUGUCACUAUCUUUUCGAAGCGUGUUCAUAACCUUGGUAUCAACAAUAUCCUACUCACCGUGUUAGGUUUCGUGGUGGGUUUGGCUUUGUCCUUCCGCAGUUCUACUGCAUAUGAAAGAUGGGCAGACGGACGCAAGUACUGGGCUCAGCUCAUUCAAACGUCCCGCAACCUGUCGCGUAUCAUUUGGAUCAACACCGGCGAAAGAGAAGGAGAGAACGGCAAGGAAGAUAUCCUGAGAAAACUAUCUGCGAUGAACCUUAUUUUGGCCUUUGCCGUCGCUCUCAAGCACAAGCUCCGCUUCGAGCCGGAUAUCGCUUACGAAGAUCUGGCUGGCCUGGCUGGACAUCUGGACACAUUUGCACGUGAUGCUCAUGACCGCAUGGUUGUCAACCCCCCGUCCAAGAGUAUCUGGAAAUCGGCUGGCGAGUAUCUUGGAGUGUCUUUCGCGGAGUCGAACCCUCGCAAAUAUGUCAAGCGGUCUAAGAAGCCUUUGGGACAUCUUCCUCUGGAGAUCCUCAACCAUUUAUCCGCGUACAUUGAUUCGUGUGUUGCCAACGGGACCAUGGCGUCAACACUGCAUCAAGGACAAGCCAUCACCAUGAUGGCUACACUCAACGAGGUUUUGACGGGAACGGAGCGUGUCCUCGAUACCCCCUUACCCACCGCAUACAGCAUUGCCAUUGCCCAGAUCUCAUGGAUCUAUAUUCUAGUACUUCCAUUCCAGCUCUACAAUGCUCUAGAAUAUAUAACCAUUCCCGCCUCAAUUGUGGCUGCCUACAUUAUCCUUGGCUUGGCCACAAUUGGUAGCGAAAUUGAGAAUCCUUUUGGUCAAGAUGUGAACGAUCUUCCUCUGGACACCUACUGUCGUCAAAUUGCUGUGGAAAUCGAUAUUAUGACCGCCACCCCCCGGCCGAACGUCGAUGACUUCAUGUCACGUGCAGACAACCUCGUUCUAUUCCCCCUCAGUCAAUCAGGAUACCCUGAUUGGAAGGAGCGAAGCGUUGAAGAUAUCCGUGGGGCGCUCAGAACCAAGGUGAUUAUUGGUCCGUCAACCGCAGGUUCAGACGCUUCGACAAUCGUGGAGAAUAUCUCCACCAAGUCUACUGGAUCAUCUGUUUAG